AUGGGAGAGCUAAUGUUCUUUCUUGGACUUCAAAUUCAACAAUCUGAAGAAGGAAUGUUUAUAUGUCAGACAAAAUACACAAAGGAGUUGAUUCAGAAGCUCAGUAUGAGUAGUGCUAAAGCUAUUGGCACACCAAUGAGUCCUUUAACAAGUCUUGACAGAGAUGAACAGGGAAAUUCUGUUGAUGAAGCUAAAUAUCAUGGAAUGAUUGGCUCCCUUAUUUAUCUAACUACUAGUCGACCAGAUAUUAUGUUUAGUGUUGGUAAAUAUAACAAGUUUCAGUCAGCUCCUAAAGAAUCACAUCUUACUGCAGUAAAGAGAAUUAUUCGAUAUCUCAUUGGAACUGUUUCUCACGGAUUAUGGUAUCCACGCUCUAACAAUUUUAAACUAGAAGGUUUUUCAGAUGUUGAUCUUGCAGGUGAUAAGGAAGAUAAAAAAGCACCAGCGGUACAUGUCAAUUACUUGGAAAAGCACUGA